GGGGGGGAAGGCUAAGGAGGGGGGGGGGGGGUGUAGAGGGGGUGGCGUCCCCGGCCGGUUUGAGGGGUGCGUUGCCCGGAGACGGAAAGUUUGGGAGCCUCAGCAGGCUCUUGCGUGGCCCCGGGUGGGGGUCCGAGGAGUGGCGGAGCUGGGGAUGGGGAAGGAGCAGGAGCUGCUGGAGGCGGCCCGCACCGGGCACCUCCCGGCCGUGGAGAAGCUGCUGUCCGGGAAGCGGCUCUCCUCCGGCUUCGGCGGCGGCGGCGGCGGCGGCUCCGGCGGCGGCGGCGGCGGCUCCGGGGGCGGCGGCCUCGGUUCUUCCAGCCACCCGCUUUCCAGUCUGCUGAGCAUGUGGAGAGGGCCAAACGUGAACUGCGUAGACAGCACCGGCUAUACUCCAUUACACCACGCUGCUUUGAAUGGCCACAGGGAUGUGGUUGAAGUUCUUCUGAGGAAUGACGCGCUGACCAAUGUUGCUGAUUCGAAAGGCUGCUACCCACUGCACUUGGCAGCAUGGAAAGGGGACGCCCAGAUAGUGCGCUUGCUCAUCCACCAAGGGCCCUCGCACACCAGAGUUAACGAACAGAAUGCUCUUGAGAUCAAAGAACUCAAAAAGUACGGCCCCUUUGACCCUUAUAUCAAUGCCAAGAACAACGACAACGAGACUGCCCUGCAUUGUGCAGCACAGUACGGCCACACGGAGGUAGUGAAGGCUCUGUUGGAGGAGCUCACGGACCCCACCAUGCGCAACAACAAGUUCGAAACCCCUCUGGACUUGGCAGCGCUGUACGGGCGGCUGGAGGUGGUGAAGAUGCUGCUGAGUGCGCACCCCAACCUCCUGAGCUGCAGCACUAGGAAGCACACCCCCUUGCACUUGGCCGCAAGGAAUGGCCACAAGGCUGUGGUGCAGGUCCUGCUGGACGCCGGCAUGGAUAGCAACUACCAGACGGAGAUGGGCAGCGCUUUGCAUGAGGCUGCUUUGUUUGGCAAGACCGAUGUGGUGCAAAUUCUGCUGGCGGCAGGAAUCGAUGUUAACAUAAAGGACAAUCGUGGACUGACUGCCCUGGACACUGUGCGGGACCUGCCUUCGCAGAAGAGCCAGCAGAUAGCCGCACUGAUAGAAGAUCACAUGACUGGAAAAAGAAGCAUGAAAGAAGUAGACAAGGCCUCCACAGCCCAGCUACCUCUCCUCUCCGGCACAGAUGCCAUAGCACCAAAGUCUCAGGGGAAUGUGGAGAAAGCAGUAAGUGAGCUGAUCAUUGAUUUUGAUGCACAUGCUGAGGAGGAGGGUCCCUACGAGGCGCUGUACAAUGCUGUGUCCUGCCAGUCCUUGGACAGCACGGCCAGUGGGCGAUCGUCUGACCGAGAUUCAGUGAACAAGGAGGCCGAGGCCACUGGAGCAAGACCUGCUGGAGUGAGGCCUAGGGAACGCCCACCGCCUCCAGCAAAGCCGCCACCUGAUGAAGAGGAGGAAGAGCGCGUAGAUAAGAAGUACUUGCCCUUGACAGCCUCUGAGGGCCUGGCUUUGAGACCCCGGAUUCAGAGCAGUGUCCCCCGGGAGGAGGAUGAGCACCCGUAUGAGCUGCUGCUCACAGCAGAGACCAAGAAGCUGGGGGCCCCCGACGGAAGGACUCAAGACCACAGGCAGAGCAGCAGCAGCCGGAGCCAGGACUCUGUGGAGGGGCAGGACGGGCAGGUCCCGGAGCAGUUCUCAGGUCUCCUCCACGGCUCCUCCCCAGUGUGUGAGGUGGGCCAGGACCCUUUCCAGCUGCUUACUGCCCCCAGCCAGAACCACCCAGAGUCCCCCCAGCAGGACGCCUGCCUCGAGGCCAGCAUGCAGCUAGAGGAGCCGGGUGUACCAGGCACUGGAAACCCACAGCCCGGCGUCCUGGACCAAAGCAAGAGGGUGGGCUUCCCAGCAGGCCUGACUGCCCCAGCCAGCGGAGCACACCUCCAGACUUGGACUCACACGGUUCCUCUGCACCCUGCUGGUGCAGAGGAAGAAGAGGACAGGAGCGGGGCCAGGAGCCGAGCCCCUCCCACCGGCAAGCCCAAAGCGGAGCUCAAACUCAGCCGCAGCUUGUCUAAGUCUGACUCCGACCUUCUGACCUGCUCCCCCACGGAGGACACCACGAUGGGGAGUCGCAGCGAGUCUCUGUCCAACUGCAGCCUCGGGAAGAAGAGGCUGGAGAAGUCACCUUCGUUUGCCUCGGAGUGGGAUGAGAUUGAGAAAAUCAUGAGCUCGAUUGGAGAAGGAAUUGACUUUUCUCAGGAACAGCAGAAGGUCUCAGGUUCUCGGACGCUGGAGCAGAGCGUCGGGGAGUGGCUGGAGUCGAUGGGUCUGCAACAGUAUGAGAGCAAGCUGCUGCUGAACGGCUUCGACGAUGUCCGCUUCCUGGGCUCAAAUGUGAUGGAAGAGCAAGACCUGAGGGAGAUUGGCAUCAGUGACCCACAGCACCGGCGGAAGCUGCUGCAGGCUGCACGCUCCCUGCCCAAGGUGAAGGCUCUUGGCUAUGAUGGGGUCAGUCCCCCCUCAGUGGCCUCCUGGUUGGACUCACUGGGGCUGCAGGACUAUGUCCACUCCUUCCUGUCCAGUGGCUACAGCUCCAUCGACACUGUGAAGAACCUCUGGGAGCUGGAGCUUGUCAAUGUCCUGAAGGUUCACCUGCUGGGCCACCGGAAGCGCAUCAUCGCCUCUCUUGCAGAAAGGCCCUAUGAGGAGCCACCCCAGAAGCCCCCAAGGUUUUCCCAGCUAAGAUGCCAGGAUUUAAUCUCCCAGACAUCGUCCCCGCUGAGCCAGAAUGAUUCCUGUACAGGGCGGUCAGCAGACCUGCUGCUGCCCUCGGCCGACACAGGCAGGAGGCGUCACGACAGCCCGUACGACCCUGGGGCCGCCUCUCGGGCAGAGCGCUUCCGAGUGCAGGAGGAGCCCAGUGAGACCAAACUGACCCUCCGUCCACCCAGCCUGGCUGCCCCCUAUGCUCCUGUGCAGAGCUGGCAGCACCAGCCAGAAAAACUCAUCUUUGAAUCCUGUGGUUAUGAAGCCAAUUAUCUGGGCUCCAUGCUGAUCAAAGAUCUGCGAGGGACAGAAUCCACACAAGAUGCCUGUGCCAAAAUGCGGAAAUCUACCGAGCACAUGAAGAAGGUCCCCACCAUCAUCCUGUCCAUCACAUACAAAGGGGUCAAGUUCAUUGAUGCUUCCAAUAAGAAUGUCAUUGCUGAGCAUGAGAUCCGGAACAUUUCUUGCGCUGCACAGGACCCGGAGGACCUGUGUACAUUUGCCUACAUUACCAAGGACCUGCAGACUAGCCACCACUACUGCCACGUUUUCAGCACAGUGGAUGUGAACCUCACCUAUGAGAUCAUCCUGACCUUGGGGCAGGCAUUUGAGGUAGCCUACCAGCUGGCCCUCCAGGCCCAGAAGUCCAGGACCAUGGGGGCCUCUGCGGCUGCAAUGAUUGACACAAAAUCUUCCAAACCGGUGCCUAAGCCUCGGGUCGGCGUGAGGAAGUCUGCGGUGCCGAUGCCCCCCGACACUCGCUGCUGUCACUGUCACACCUGCACCACCCACCGUCCUUCCUGCCUACCGCUGCCGUCUGUUAGUCCUGGGGUCAAGCUGGAACCGCCUGAUUCGGACCAGGAGGCCCCAUCCCACGCUAGUGUUUCCUGGAUUGUGGACCCAAAGCCAGACUCUAAGCGGAGCCUCAGCACCAAGUAUGAGACCACUAUCUUCUAAAGCCACCCUGUCUCCACUACCCCACUGUGCCUUUAGCACCCGGUCCUCCUGCUGUCUCAACUCUCCUUCCAGCUGCCGCCGCCGAGGCCCCACCUCCGUGGGACCUGCUCUCCGGCAGCAGCUCUAGACACUCCUCCACUUAGAGCUCCUGCUUACACCACCCAACACUGUGAAUCCUCCCUUUGGGCUGAGGACAGCUGGGGGGGACUUGCCUUUGAAGGGGGCACCAGAGGGGCACUGGGAGGCGAGGGGUGGGGUAGCUUCUAGCGGGACCCCUGUAGCCCCCUCCGAGGUUGCUCUCCUCUCCUGUCCUAUCCUGGGUCACAGCUGGAUGCCAAAAGCUGCCAGUCUGCGCCCCUCCUGACCCACCCAGCACUGUGACUACCCCAUGCCACCCUGCACACAGCUGCUGUAGGUGCUGCUUUCUCUCCUGGUCGGGCCCAUGACGUGGCUUCGCCGGGGACAGACUUUCUGUGAGGGCCAAGGGUGGUACCAGCCAUGCCCUGGCGCAUCCAAACAGUGGGUUCCUGAGGGACCUGUGUGCUCGGCCCCCUUCUGUGCUGGGGGCCUGGUUCUGGAGUCCAGCUCACCAAGGUGUGCCCUGCACACGAGUGCGCCUUCUUCCUUCUCAAAGUGGAGCUGCCCGCGCACCGGGCGGAGACUGAGCAGCUUCUCUGGUGUCUGGCAACAUUCUCAUACUCCCUACGGUGGUGGGGACCUGAGACAGCCGUCAUCCAGCCAUCCCCAGCAGCUAGCAUCAUGGAGCUGGAUCUUGGAGACAGCCCCACAUGUCCUGAUGUGGGAAGACCAGUCUAGAUGGCAGGAGACAGAAGAACUGGUUGCUGUGGCCGUGGUGCCAACAGUGUAGGACAGUGGAAGAAAGAGGGAGUCAGUCAGCACCCGAGCUGUCCACCAGGGCGGGCCCACUUUCGACUGCCUGCCUUUCCUCGUGCCUUCCUGAGCAGAUGGGCCAGGAGCAGCGGUGGGCUGUAGGCUGUGGAGGGCGCUCAGGGGAGGCAGGGACCUUUUGUUCUACUCUGUGUCCUUCCCAUUUCCUCCACUUUGCGAAGGCUCCUUGGUUAACUCUUUCCUCCCCCGUUGUUUGCUUCUGCCAAGCUGAGCCACUGAGGAGCCAGCCACACUGCUGCGGAAACAUGGACGUGGGGAACACACGGACGUGGGGAGCACAGGUCCUGUGCCCCAGCUCCGAGAGCCUCACCAGCAGCUCUGAAGACCCGGGCCGCCCCAGGACCUCCUUUCAGCUGCUUGGCCUGGGCCCACCACCACCUGCAGAAUGAACCCAGCCAUGGAGGCAGAGAAGACACCAAGCAUCUAGCCGAGGGGACCAUAACUUUGGGUGGCCCGAGAGUGGCCUGCCCGGGACAUGUGUUUUUAAUAGGAAAAAGCAAUCUUUUUUAUAAAUUUUUAACACUUGGCUCCAGCUUCUGGGUGAAGCUGCCAACCAGGAAGACAGAGGGGCAGAAGCCUCAUCUGUCUGUCUGUCCAGCCCUCUGCCUUCAGGAUGGGGUCUCAGCCUGGGAGUGGCCUGGCCAGAGUUGAGACCUCAGUCUUUUGUUCCCAGCUGCUUUAGAGCUGGGCCGGGCCGAUGGCACUUGGGCCAGAGCAGAAGUUUCUGGGGUUCCAAAUGGGGAUGAGCAGGUAGUUUCUGGUGUGGGGAUCUCCUUGGUACUCUCCUGUCCUCGCUGACAGGCUGCAGCAGCCAUGUCAGAAGGGAGAAGGGCUUUGUUUGGAGCAUUAUAGGAGUGUCAGCUAAGACUACAGCUUGCCAGCUUGGGACUUGUCCAUCCCACCUCACUCUAGUGCUUUGUGACUGUUGUAUCCUCUGUUGCUGGACACAUCUGUCCCAGAUGUGGAAGGCUAGGUCAGGUGACAGUCUCACCAUGGUCUUACGGACAGGCUGGCACCUCUUAACCUCCUCUGCAGCUUGCUUUGCUUUUCAAGUGACCUGGGUGGCAGUCAUGCUCCUGGGCAUAAGGAACGGUAAGGAGCAGUGUGCUAGGGAAGGGGCCAGGUCAGGCGGGCCACUCCCCGACUUUCUGGAGGAGAACAAAAUGGAAGAGAAGCACUGAGCCUGUGGUACAGUAGCAGGCUUCAGGCUUUCCUAGCAGCUCAUUCUGGUCCUGGGGACAGUGUGGUCUGUGAACUGCAGUUCUUGGCAUGUGUGUGGAGUGCUCCUGGGCACCUUCACCUUGUGGCUGGUCAGUGGGAAGCAGGUUUACCUCUGCUAGAUCCUAGGCUUUCUGUCUGCUGGGUGCUGAGGUACAGCUCCUCUCUGGGAAGAAGCCAGUGGUCCUCCACUGCUAGGUACUGGCCAAAGAACUUCCUUUUCCUGCCUCGCACUCUCAGCCCUGGAAAGCUCCCCUUGGUUCCAGGACCCCUUGUGCUGAACCCCUUCCAGCUCCCAGCGGUGAGCUUGGUGGGCUCUGUGGUGGGCACCAAGCCUGGGGACACUGUAGACACUACGGUAAGUUCAAGCUGCAUUUUGUUCUAAAAUCACAGGCAGGCACUUCUUCCCUUGACGCUGCUAUGUCUUAUUUAUUCAGGGUGUUUCUACCAGAAAGUCUUUGGCUUGACUGCUCUGGGUCUUGUUUCAAGAUUGGUUUUGGGACAUUCAAGAAAUUCCUCUUCUGCUCCUCGGGGUGGGUCUCUCCCUUUCAGGACAGGUGCCAAGUGGAAGGGUCGUGUCCUCUGACAAAACCAAGGCUGUGCCUGGCUGUGAAGGAGCCAUUCCAAGGAGGGUGGUAAAAUGUGCCCAGGGUUCUCACCGCUGUGGCCGCAGGCUGCCCUGAGCAAGAGGCCCCGACCAGCUGGCUCUGCCUCUGAGGUCACCUGUUAGGGAGUUUUCGAGAAGCAGCCUCAGUUUGAGCACUCAGAACGCAUGGCUGCAAUCGUCAAGAUAUUUCAGUCAGCUCGUGAGGUGCCUGGGCCUGUACUGCAGGUCCGGGGAGUUGUUGCUCAUGGCAGACAGUGGGACUGGACUGUAAGAAAACGUUAUUUAAUCUGUUUCCAUAUUUUGAUACUUGAAUGACUUCCCUUUUGUUUUUACUGUACAUAAAACCGUUAAUCUGUCUGAUUUUGUUUGAAUUAUAAACACCUUGUGGUACCAAACGUAACCAACCUGUGCAACAGCAUAGACUGACCUCACUACAGAGUGUGCAUAUCCUGGGCUUCCAGCUCGGUUUGUUACUUUCAUAGCUGUACAGCUUAGGACAGACUGAGCUAAUAAAGGAGAGCGUGGAAACCA